AUGGCGGCGGGCUUCAUGUUCUUGUUGGCCAUCAUGGGCAUGAUGUUGGGGCAUGAACCCGUUGUUGGUGAAACCACAGGAGAUUCAGGUGGCGAGAAUCGGCGCAUGACCUUAAGGGCGAGUAAAACGAAUGUGGUUGAAUUCCCUGAGCCGUGCAGCAGUCGCAAGAGAGACGGACAGAUAACGACCACCUGGCAUUCCAGGGUAGCCAUCAUCUGGCGGGCAAGCAACGUUAGCAAAAAUUCGCGUACCUUUCCUGAGAAAGACGAGGCGCGUCUGGACCCGACAGAGCAGACCAAGCCAAUGCUGUCGGAAGUGUUUGGCGUAAUGCUUCACUUUUACCAUCGGACGAUGCGCUGA